CAGUGGCGGCACAAUCUAACCUGAUUAUUGUGUUCAAUAUGAAAAGGAAGAUGACAAGUUUUCACAAAUCAGCCUUGUUCCUCUCAAUCAUAAAGAGGAAGAAAACUUGUCUCAAAUCUGAAUCGGAAUUUUAUUUACCUGAAGAUUGCUGGGAGCAUAUCUUCAAAUUCCUCAUCAACCACAAGCGACACUUUAACUCUCUAUCCCUUGUUUCUAAGCAGUUUCUCUCCAUCACCAACCGACUCACUUUCUCUAUCGCUACUCGCAAUCCACCACCUUCUUUUCUCACUCGUUUCUUCCAUAGAUUCUCCAACCUCAAUUCCCUUCGCCUCUCUUUCCGCUCUCGUGCUCUCGACGAGGGCAUUGCUUCCGCUCUCCGUGAUAGACCAACAUUGAAAUCUUUAUCCAUCUCCAGGAUUGACCUAAACGAUACAAGUUACCUUACUUCACACUAUAUUGAUUCCUUCGUCAGUUUGAAGGGUUUGAAUUCUCUUAAUUUCUGCCGUUCGCAAAUCUCAAAUGAGUUGCUCUACUCUAUUGCAAGGGAAGGUCUUCCUUUAAAGAGCUUUAUUCUAAAAAAGUGUAGCGGUUAUAAUUAUGAUGGAAUUUAUUUCUUGUUAUCCAAAUGUAAUGGGAUACAACAUUUGGGUUUUCAAGCUGAUUUCUUAAAGGACCGUCAUAUUGCCCAGCUAUCUUUGUUUCUUGGUGGUUUGGUGUCUAUAAAACUUUGGCGCUGUUGGAAGCUCACAAACUCGGCCUUGUAUGCAAUCAUUAGGAAAUGUCCUUUACUUAGUGAGAUCACAAUGGAAAGCAUUCUAAGAAAGAGUACAGAGAGUUCUGAUUCUUUAAAGGAUUUUGUUUUGAACCCUCAAUUAAAGAUUCUAAGUUUGGCUAACAAUUUAUUUAUAGAAAAUGAAAGCAUCCUAUUGUUAGCUUCCAUUUUUCCCAAUUUAGAGCAUCUUCAGUUGAGUACUUGCAAUCACAUAUCUAAAAAAGGUAUUUGUCAAGUCCUAGGUAGAUGUUCUAAGAUUAAACAUUUGAACAUUAAUGACAAUAACAAAAUGAGAGGUCUUAAAAUGAAUUUUGUAAUUCCUCAAUUGGAGGUGUUAGACUUGUCAGGUACAAGGGUUGAUGAUAGAACACUCUAUCAUAUCUCAAAGAGUUGUUCUGGACUUUUAAAAUUGUCCCUAUCAUGUUGCAAUUAUGUCACCGAAAAGGGAGUGAUGCAAGUGGUUGAAAACUGCACCCAACUGAAGAAGAUCGAUUUGAGUUUUUGUAAUAAAGUGAGUGCUGAUGUUAUUGUCUCAACUAUUUUAUCAAGGCCAUCAUUAAAAAAGAGGAAACUCUUAGUCUAGUAAAGUUUUAGCUCUAAAAUGUAAGAUGUUUUUGGUUUUUAGAUUUGUUUUGCUGAGAAAUUACUCUUUUAUUUUUAGAUACCAUAUGUAAUGCACACACUUGGGUGUUAUAUGAAGUUUUAAGUUUUAAUGUUUUUCUUUACUCUUCUUUAAACUAUAUUACAUGAAUUAAAUUUGUGUCAUAGUUAUUGCCGCCUUCAUUGGCAGCAUGGGUCAU